GGGAGCGUCCGCGAGAGCGUCGCGGGCAAGGCGGCGCUGAGUUUCGCGUACGACCACGUGUGCGAUCAGUCGUCGGCGCAGGAGGAGAUUUUCGAACGCGUCGGACGCGACGCGGUGGACGGCGUGGUGGAGGGGUAUCACGGGUGCGUGCUCGCGUACGGGCAGACGGGCGCGGGGAAGACGUACUCGAUGCAAGGCGGGGACGCGCUGGACGCGCCGAACGCGGGGUUGAUUCCGCGCGCGCUGAAGCGAUUGUUUGAGCGAUGCGAGUCGGCGAGGAACGCGGCAAUCGAAGCGGGCGGGGCGUGCGAAAUCGAAGUGAAGUGCUCGUAUUUGGAGAUUUAUAACGAGACGUUGCGAGAUUUGUUGAUGAAUACCGAGCACGAUGGACCGGCGCCGAACGUGCGGGAAGACGCCAAGCGAGGCACGUUUGUGGAGAAUUUGCACGAGGAGCGCGUGCACGGGGCGGAGCAGACGUACGAGACGUUUUUGCGCGGUGCGGCGAAUCGUAGGGUGGGUCAGACGAAUAUGAAUGCCGAUUCUUCGCGUUCGCACAGCGUGUUCACGAUUUCGGUGGAAUCGCGCACGAAGGCGCAUCCCACGGCGCCGACGACAAAAAAGAGCGCGCUUUUGCACUUGGUCGAUCUCGCAGGGAGCGAGCGGCAGAAGAGCACGGACGCGGCAGGUGAACGUUUGAAAGAGGCGAGCGCGAUUAAUAAAUCGCUCAGCGCGCUCGGGAACGUCAUCAAAGCCCUCGUGGACGUGGCCGACGGCAAGGAACGACACGUGCCCUACCGCGAUUCCAAGUUGACGUUUUUGCUCAAGGACGCGCUCGGCGGACGCGCGCGCUGCACGCUCCUCGCGUGCGUCUCGCCGGCGCAUGUGAACGUGGAGGAGACAAUGUCUACGCUGAAAUUCGCCCAGCGCGCCAAGCUUGUGAAAGUCCGCGCAGUGGCGAACGAAGAA